UCGACUCGCACGUGAUGACCUCCUUUGCACAUCACACACAGACAUAUCUGUUACAUGUCAAGUCAAUAAGCUAUUGUAUUUACUCGACUUAUAAUUAACCACUACGAUUCAUUACCAGAUCAGAAAACACUCGUCGUGUUCAAGAUGUUACGACGCGAACAUUUUAAAGCUUUCUGUCAAAUCCUCGUUAUAUUCACCUUCUUGGACGUCUUGGUUUCUUUAAAGACAAGUCAGCAAAAGCGACGCACAUAUAAUGGAGAUCAAGUUCUACAAGUUACUCCCAGAACAGAAAAGGACAUGAAAUUUCUGGACGAUUUGCUCCACAAUAAAUACAACUUUGAGUUAGAUUUUUGGACCCACCCCACUGAGCCUGGUAAACCCGUAGACAUCCAUGUACCUCACAACAGAAUGCGGCAAUUCAAACACGCCCUAAAACGGAAAUCAAUUUCUUUCCGUAUAAAGAUUAGAAACUUGCAGCGCGUAAUAAACAAGGCUGGAAUGAGACCACGCGCUGUUCCAUUCAAUGGAAAAUUUCACUCAUAUUCCCAGAUCGUUCAUGAAAUAAAGCGCCUUGCAGGUCUGAAUGAAAGCCUAGCGAGGGUUUUCAGCUUGGGAAAAACAUACGAGAACAGAACAAUGUAUGGCAUUAGGAUCUCAUCAAACAUCUCCACCUCAAAGAAAUCGGUGAUGUUCAUUAACUGUGGUAUACACGCUAGAGAGUGGAUCACUAUAUCAUCCUGUGUAUAUGUCGCUAGAGAGCUUCUGCUUAAGUACUCUACAGACAGCUCUGUCAAGUUCUUAGUGGACAAGUUGGAAUGGAUAAUAGUGCCUGUUGUGAACGUAGAUGGAUAUAUCUAUUCUCACACCACGGAUCGUCUGUGGAGAAAAAAUAGAAGACCGAACUCAACUGACUGUGUUGGAACGGACCUGAAUAGGAAUUUCAACUUCAGAUGGGCAACUGUUGGAGCAGACUAUGGCCAACCUUGCAGUGAUAUUUAUCCAGGAACGAGGCCUUUUUCAGAGCCAGAAACUCACAAUUUGGCACUGUACAUGUACUCUAUAAGAAGACGUAUAAAGGCUUAUGUAGACUUUCACUCCUACGGCCAGCUUUGGAUGUCCCCAUGGGGCUUUACUAGACGUUAUUUUCCACCAACGUAUGCCAAGCAUUGGGUUGCAAUGAAGCGUAUUGUUCAAGCUAUAUUAAACAUGAAUGGCACUCGAUAUGGAUAUGGCCCAGCAGCUAUGGCUAUCUAUGAGACCUCGGGAGACGCAACAGACUGGGUUUACGGCGUUUUGGGCGUCACGCAUUCCUACGGUGUUGAGCUGCAGCCAUCUAUCUUCACCAACAAUGGCUUCGUACUUCCGCCUUCCUUCAUUGAUCCUGUUGGCAAGGAAGUCUUUGUCGGAUUGGAGACUCUCGCUACCUUCAUAAGAUGAGAAACAAUGCAUGCUGAUAGCCUGGGAUUACUAGUUGGGAAAUAUUUGAAACAUGUGUACAGUCGAACCCCUAUUAAACGGCCACCCUCGAGGAAAUGGACUGUGGCCGCUUAAAAGGGGUUGGCCGCUUAA